AUGAUGAAUUCAAUGGUGGACAGAGCAACGAGCAACAUGCUGAUCGGUCCUGAUUGGGCUAUGAAUAUUGAGAUUUGUGAUAUUUGCAAUCGCGAUCCGGUUCAUGCAAAAGAUGCGGUAAAACGUAUAAAGAAGCGUUUAGGCAGCAAAAAUCCAAAAACCCAGCUUCUUACCCUGACACUUUUGGAGACAAUUGUAAAGAACUGUAUGGAUAUUGUCCAUAUGCUUGUUGCUGAGAAAGGUGUGCUUCCUGCAAUGGUGAAAAUGGUCAAAAAGAAGCCUGAUUUUCAUGUUAAAGAGAAGAUACUAACUCUGAUAGAUACUUGGCAAGAAGCUUUUGGAGGAGUGGGGGCCAGAUAUCCUCAAUACUUUUCUGCAUAUCAUGAUUUAUUGCUUAUCGGAGCAGUAUUCCCUCAGAGAACUGAUAGGUCAGCACCUGUUAUCACGCCCCUACAAACACAUCCUCUAACAUCUUAUCCGCAAAAUCUUCAAAGUCCAGAAUCUAGACUUGACGAAGCCGAGUCUACCGCUCAAGCUGAAUUUCCAACAUUGAGCUUGAAAGAAAUUCAGUUCGCUCGUGGUGUCAUCAAUGUCCUUGCAGAAAUGCUGAAUGAAGUCAAUCCGGGGAACAAAGAGGGACACAUGCAGGAUGCAAUUGCUGAUUUGGUGGAACAGUGUCGGACUUACAAGAAAAGAGUUGUAAAGCUUGUUAACUCAACUUCGGAUGAAUCACUGUUAAACCAAGGACUAUCACUGAAUGAUGACCUGCAACGUGUAUUGGCCAAGCAUGAAUUUAUCGCUUCUGGAAACAAUGUUCCAUCAGAGAAACCAAAACCUGAACCUAUUCGAUCCUUGGUAGAUGUUGAUGCUCCUCUUAUUGACACAGGAGAUAGCAAACAAUCAGACAAAGGAUCCACAUCCACUGCAGGUUUAGCGACACAGUUAUUACUUCCUGCUAUUCCUUCAACUGAUGGUCCAUCAACAUAUCAAUCAAAGGCUGAACAGACGUUAGAUCUUUUGAGUGGCAAUAGCUUGAACGCACCUGCAGACGCAAACUCGCCGUCAGUUUGUCCGAAACAAGAGAAUUUUCAAUCUCCGCAAUCAUCAUUAUUUCCAAAUGGAGGAAGUGUUCCUAGUAACAUGUUAGUGUAUGAACAAUCACUUGAUUCACAAGGCUCUCCUGCCUGGAAUGGUCACAUAACAGAGCAACAAUCGCCACCUUCAACAGUUUAUGGUGCCCAAAUUCACGGUGCACUUCCACCUCCACCAUGGGAACCUCAGCAAGUUGACAACAACCAGUUGCCCAAUGGUCAAUCCCCGAGUCAAAUGCAAGUUUCACAAGUGGUAAUGAUUCAGUCCCAGCCGUUGCCCAGUGGCACAUAUUUUCAAGGAUCACCACCUGUGUCAAAUGGACCGGCUGUAGGUACGUACGUUCAGCAAUUCAAUAUGGAAUAUCUAACAGCAAUCGACAAACAAGCUACACAGAACAACCAACUGGCAGGCUUGCAUUCUCAACCAAUCCUCAGUUUGCAGUCAACGACUAUGUUUCCUCAGCCAAUGCAAUCUGAUCAAAUGGCGUAUAUGUACCCUCAACAAGUAUAUGGCAACCAAAAGUCGAGCUACGGCUAUGGUUACAGCCAACAACCAAAUUCUCAAUUCCUUGAGAAAAGCAUGACUGGGUUAUCUGUGAAGGACGACGAUGUCAUCAGGAACUUUUCAUAUCAAGUUUCGACUCCAUCUCAUGCCCCAUCCGGGAAGCUCCCGAAGGCAGAGGACAAGCUGUUUGGUGACCUUGUGGACAUUUCUAAAUUCAAACCAAACAAAUCUACUACAGGUAGAGUUGGGAGCAUGUGA